CAAAGCCGUCUCCAAAGUCGCUGACAUGUCCCGGUCUGGUAAUAGAACAGAAAAGAGUGAAGACAAAGUGGACCUGUGUGGUCGGGGGAGCUGGUGGCUGGGAACGCUGAAAGACACACCCGUCCCUGGCCUCUAUCAUAUUCGAGACUUCAUUGAGGAAGCUGAUCUGAACCCUGUGAGGAAGACUUAUGGGUUUAAAGGUGUGGGCAGAAAAGCCCAGACUCUGGGCGUACGUAACGGGGACCUGCUGUUACCAGGGGCGUAUGACUACACUGACUCGACACAGGAGGUCCUGAUGCACCAGGCGUCUUACUCUUUCAAAAACUGUCCACGGCCUGACAUUGUCACCCUCGGCAUCAGAGACAAGCAUAUAAACACUUCACCGUGCGACUACAAUGUGACACCGAAACCAGUGGAGAAGAUUCCCUGCAAGCAUGUGAUCUUUCGGUCGACUGUGCAACGGAUCAGCUUUCCGCCUAAGGAGGGACCUGCUCCAUGUCAGUACAACCCACACACCAGAGCUGAGAAAGGCAUCACUUCCUGCUUCAAAUCCACUUUGCCCCGGCUCCACUAUGUGCACCCGAAGACCCCGGGACCAGGGGCCUACGAACCAUGCUGGAAGUUGGGUGACCGUCUGAACACAGAGGUCGUGGACCCCUCAUUUAGCCUCUUUUUCCGCAACAUUCCCUAGUGAUGACUUUAUUUCCGACAAUGCCCUGAUCCUUUUAUCAUCUCCUCGUCCUGUCGACCUACUGGCGGAUCACAUGUGAUCCUGCCUUAUUGAUUAAAAUAAUAGUAAAAUCUUGACUGCACGAAAGAAAGAAAACCUCCCAUCCCUCAUUACUUGGGCCAGUGUUUAUCCGCAUGUCAGUGAGGGAUUUUGUGGGCUGCCAACGACAUAAUCAGCUACAUUCGUUGUGCUCAAAUCCCUUUUGUGACGCCAGCCAGGGAAGCAGAAUGAUCUUAUCUGCAACAAAGGGUACUUCAUUCCACUUAACUACAUGUUCCCGGUAUUGCUCUCUCCCUUCAUUUCUCCUCUCGCCUGCUCUCGCUCCUCUCUCCUUCUCUGUUGGCAGUCAGGCUGCUUCGCCUUCCUACUAUCUCUGCCCUGCGAUGCACUCAGGAGGAGGAAUGCUGCUCAGCCAUGCGUCACAUGCACAUAGCUUAGUGUGGCAUGCUGCACCCUCAGAUAACACAUUCAGUAUUAGGGGCCAAAGCAGUGGCACACAAUAAAACAGCUAUUCUUAUCGCUACCUACUCUGCAUAGUCACUCUUUCUCUCGACGAACCAAACAAACAUGGGCAAUAAUGUCGGGACACGGAGAACAGGGGUGAUAGGAAUCACCUGAGCGUGGAGCAUAAUGUGUUGAUUAUGGAGGUGUAGAUUACAACACGGCGGGGAAAAGGUGCAAAAAUAAAAAAACACAUAAAAACACACUGCAGAUUUGUUGUUUGUAUGAUCCGGGACAAUGCUUCUUUAUCUGCUACUUAUUCAGAGAAGGGUUUUGCUGAGCAUGUACACACUUUGUCAGCACUGAUUCAUAUUCAUGAAAUGUUCGACACUCAAAGCCUAAGAGCAGCAGAAUUUUGUGCCACGGCCAGUUGGACAGUUGUUGAGGGAGUGCAGAGUUAUAUUCAUCCAUACACUGCCCACCCAGAUUCAGCUAUCGGAUCCAAGGAAGAAAAGAUGUACAACAGUAAUUAAAGCCCACUGGAUUGAGCUUUAUUUUAGUGCAUGAAUAAUCACCCAUAGCAACUAAUUACACAGCACAGUCCCGUUAACAAACAGUAAUAUAGCGGCUUCAUUCAUAGAGAAUUAGUCAUGACUUUGAUGGAGGAUCUGGACUAAUUUUUGUGUGUUUAUCAAUCUACAAAUUUGCUUACACGCUUGCCAUAUAACUUAGAAACAUGAUAAAAUGUGUUUACAGCUUAUGACCCUGCUCCCAAGUGGUAAAAAAACAAACACCAAUAACAACAAUUCAACAUUUAAUGCUCCUUUACAUCUGCUGCCCUAUGGGAGGACAUGGUGCAUGGCUUGUACAGUGAAGAAGAGACAACUGAAGCCAUGUUCGUGGUGAUGUAACUGGAAAGCCUGGCGCUGUCUGUGGAAAUACUAAACAAUGGUUUUCCCCAAGAACAAUAUUUUAUCAUUCCUGGCAGACUGUAAACAUCUGUGAGAAGAUGAGGUUGCAACCUGCUGCUGGAUAACAGGUUAAAAAUGUAUUUUUGAUCUUUCCACAAGGUUUGAUUUGGGAUUGCCAUGUGACAGAAUCCUGGAUUCCUGAGGUCACAGAUGGGUUAGCUGCAUCCUAGAUCUGGUGAAGAGUUGUUCAUAUCCAACAUCUCAAACCACUUCCAUUGGUGGGUUAACACUCAGGGUCAGCUGACUGACCCUGAGCUGAUAGGGACUGUUCUUACAUAAUGUUCAAGGGAACGUCAGCAGGGUGAACACAAACAUAAAAGCAGAGGCUUAUUUCAAGAACUAUUUGUUAGUGAUCGCAGAGGACCUAAGGGGAUUUGGGAGGUUAUGAGAUAUUGUACAUAAAGAGGCAUUGUGUUGACCCCUGUAUAGACAUAAUGAAAUCAGUGAAGUGGCACAUCUACUCGGCCGACUUUAAUCUCCACCACUCUGUUUUCCUUCAGUAGCCGACACUUAAGAGCUUGAAGAGGUUCAAGAGCCGGGCUCUUAUUCCCCCUGUCAUAAUGGUGGAGACAAAGGAGCACACACUUACACCCAGAGAGGAAGACAAUCUUAUUAACACGGGGCUUUGCACGCAGCCUCUGGAGAGCUGGGCAUGUGUAUCCACUGAGAUAGAUGAGAAAGAUGCAAUGAGAGAGAUGUGUAUGUGUGUGUGUGUGUGUGCAUGUUUGUGUGCGAUGAGCAGCUAUUCUGCCUGUGGUCAAGGCACCAAGCCCCCAGUAAUCUCUGUCCCUCUCAA